CUAGAACGAAAGACGCCAAUAUGACAGCGCAAAUCCCUUGUUUCGGAUUGAGCGUGGGGCCACUCCCCACCCCAUGCCAAGGUUGGGAGGUAUGUCCGUGCGUUUGUCAAAACUGGAGUGUGGGUGUGGAUGUGGAUGUGGAUGUAUAUGCCGAUGCGUCUGCAAUUUUUGGAACUAAAUAUAUGCAAUGCGAUGUGUGUCAAUCUUGGGUUAUUUCAAGGGGGAACUUUAUUUUGGGGUUUUAGUCUUUGGAAGUGGAAGAAUUGGAAGGGUGAAG